ACUUCUCAUAUAAAACGACAAUCCCAACACACACACAGUGUCGUAGUUGUAGCGGCGAAACUGAGAUCAUAGAGAGAACCAAGCAGGAGAUGGCCAAAACGACGUCGUUGCUGCUCUGUACACUGCUCCUCUUCGGAACCCUGGCUCUCAUCCAGGCGAAGAAAUCGUCGGAGGAUUUGAAGGAGGUGACUAACAAGGUUUACUUUGAUGUUGAGAUUGAUGGAAAAGCUGCAGGUCGUAUUGUGAUCGGUCUUUUUGGGAAGACAGUUCCAAAAACUGCAGAAAACUUCCGAGCUCUUUGCACAGGCGAAAAGGGAACUGGUAAAAGCGGAAAGCCUCUUCAUUACAAAGGUAGCUCAUUCCAUAGAAUUAUUCCUAGCUUUAUGAUCCAAGGAGGUGAUUUUACGCAUGGCAAUGGAAUGGGUGGAGAAUCAAUUUACGGAGAGAAGUUUGCUGAUGAGAACUUCAAGAUAAAGCAUACUGGACCAGGACUUCUAUCAAUGGCAAACGCUGGUCCUGAUACCAAUGGUUCACAAUUUUUCAUUACAACUGUGACAACUAACUGGUUGGAUGGAAGGCAUGUUGUUUUUGGUAAAGUUCUUUCCGGUAUGGAUGUUGUUUACAAGAUUGAAGCUGAGGGAAGGCAAAGUGGUACUCCCAAGAGCAAGGUUGUGAUUGCUGACAGUGGUGAACUCCCUCUAUAAAUGCACUUCUCAAUUCUCAACUUGGACCUGUUGAAGGUGUUCCCAGUUUUCAUUUCAAUUCCCUCUACGAGACUAAUUAUCUUUUAUAAGCAUCUGCUAAUAGGUUAAUGGUUAGUUGUAUGUUUGUGAUACCCCCAGUAGAUGGAGUUUCCCCCUUAAUUAUAAACGAAAAAUGGCAUUUGUGAACAUGAAAUUUGUAGAGGAAAAUCCUAGUGAACAUGUCUGUCAAAGAUAAAUCAUAGCCCUUAAUGUGGAAGUAUGUUGAACUAGGAAAAAAAAUGGACACAAAAUCGACUUAUGUUCUGCAGUUAUAGUGGAUGGUUAAAAUUGGAUUCAAGUAAUUAUUCAUGUAUAAUUUUAGCAUUAAGAUGAAA